AUGCUUGCGUCAACGACGCGAGAUACUUUGAAUAAUACAAAUGAUGAUGUUCAGAAAGAGUCACCACCACCUCCCACACUUACUCGUCGACUAUCAACAUUAACUAAAGAUGAGUUGAGUAAUCUUCUUGAACAAGAAUAUGGAGCUGUUUGGGGAACAUUUAAAUUUGAAGAUUCUCUUGGCGAUUAUUCUAUCGAGACUCGACCAUUUCUUUAUGUUAAUGAUAAUAUUGAUUUAUAUGUUCUACGUCAAUUCAUGAUCAAAGAAUGGAAAUUAAAACCACCAAAUAUGGUUAUACCUAUUCUUAGUGCUAUUACACGUUAUAAACCAUUUAAAAAUCUUAAAAUGAUUGAAACAUUAAAAAAUGGCAUUAGAAAUGCUGUAAAUGCCUCUGAAAUAUGGUUUACAACGAAUGGUUUUGAUGCCGGUAUGCCGCAACUAAUUGGAUCUGCUUUUCGAGAAGAAAUUUCACUAAGAAAAGCUGAUGAUGCAUGGGCGAUACAAAUGGGUCGCGAUCCGAAGAAACGUAAAGUAUUAACUAUAAUUGGAAUUGUUUGUGAUGAUGAAAUCAAAGGUUUUAUCGAUUUCACACCAGCAACUGAGAAACCAAAAAAGGAUGUAAAAGUACCGAUACGUAAACGUGAACAAUUAUCAUUAAACAGUGAUCAUACACAUUUUAUUAUAAUUCGUGAACAACCGAUUGACCCUAAUCCAAUAGAUAAUUCAGAAAAAAAACCUGUAAAAACUGAGACUGAUAGUAGAAAACUGUUGGAAAAAUUAUCUGAUUCAGCUAACAGUGUUACAAAUAAAUUUCGUGAUCGUUUUGAAGCUUUUAUACAUCAAGAAGCAGCACAACUACAACAACAACAAUCCACAUCUCUCGUUGGACCACCACCAGCAACAACUGUAGCAUCAAGUAAACUUAAUCCAUGGAGUGAAGAUGGUUAUCCAAUGGUUUGUACAUUAGUUCGUGGUACACCAGGAACUAUUGAACUUGUACAUCGAAAAAUUGAACAAGAAAUUCCUACUGUCAUUCUUAAAGGAACUGGAUCAGCUGCUGAUCUUAUUUCAUUUGCUUAUGAAGAAAUUAAUGCUAAAAAUGAAAAAGAAUAUGAAGAUGGUUAUUUAAAAGUUGAAUUAGCUCGACGUUUACUUGAUGAAUAUCCUGGAUUAAAAGAUAAUAAUGUUAAACGAAAUGAAAUUCGUAAUUAUAUUUUAUCAAUUGUUAAAAAAGCAGAUCAAGGAAAAAGAAAAUUUUUAAUAUUUGUUGAUGUUAAUAGUGCAACAGCAUCGUUAAACGAGUAUCAUAAAUUUGUUCUUUCAGCACUUUUACAAUCACAACAAACGGUAGCUAGUAGUAAAGUUAAUAGUCAAUUAAAACGAAAUCUUUUAUUAACACUUGAUUGGAAUUUACCAGAUUUAGCUUUAUCAGAAAUUUUUCAACGUAAUGAUGAUAUGAGAUAUUCUAUUCAAACGGAAUUAUUUGAUAAAGCUGUACUUGGAAAAAAACUUGAACCAUUUGUUGAUUUAUUUCUUGAUCGAGAUUUUGUUUUACAUCGAUAUUUAAAAUCAGACAAAUUAAUUGAGUUAUUUAAUCAAGCAAAAGAUAAAGAUUUUUUAACAACAACAUCGCUUGAAGGAAUUCUUGGUUUAACAGGAGAUGAUGAAGAAGUGCCAAAAGAUUUUGUCGAGCAUGGUCUUAAUAUAAUUGUUAAACGUUUAACCGGUAUUAGUCAUUUUUUUAGUAAACAUGAAAUGGAUUGUAAUGCUAUGGGGAUUUAUUUUGGUGAUAAAUCAGAUAAGGGUGUUCAACGACAAAGAAUACGAGCAGAAAAAAAAGCUCUUCGACAUUUAAUUAUUUAUGCUAUAUUAAUGAAUCGACAUCAAUUAGCAAAAAUUCUUUGGAAACGUUCAGCUGAACCAAUUGCAUUAGCAUUAAUUUGCUGUAUGAUGUUUAAAAAAUUAGCACCAUAUUGUCAUGAAUCUUAUCAAAGAUUAUUAAUAGAAAAACAAGCAAAAGAAUUUUCUGAUUGUGCUGUGGGUGUUCUUGAUAAAGCGUUCAAUGAAGAUAGUUUAAGAACAUUUGAAAUGCUUGAUGAAAAACAUCCGGAUUGGAGUAACAUGGCAACUGUUGAAUUAGCUUAUAAUGCAGACAAUAAAGAAUUUAUGGCACAUGCUGCUUGUCAAAAAUGGGUUACAAGACAAUUUUAUGGAGAAAUUACACCACGUGAACUUCCAUUUGGAUUAUAUAAAUGUCCCGAUUCUAUUAAAAUUGUAUCCUGUGCUACCUUAAUAUUUCCAAUGUGGUUUUGGAUAAAUUUUUCUCCAAUUGGUCAAGCACCUCCAGCACCGAAAAAAUUAAGUGAUUUACCGCCUGAUGAAAAAAAAGGUACAGAACCAGGAAAAACACCUUUAGAAGCAGCAACACAAGGUUUAAGUGCAGAAGCGCAACUUCAUGAAGGAAAACAAUUAGCUGAAUAUGUUAGUGAUGUCAACAUUCGACAGGGAGCUGGUUUUUACCAAAAAAUGAGACGUCGUCUUGGUGGUGAUGCUCCAAAAACACAAAAAUCUACAUCAGCAGCAGCAAAGUCUGAUGAAAAAAAAAUGAGUCAUUUUGAAGAAAUUGAAGUUUUAUGGUCAGCACCAAUAACAAAAUUUUAUACAAAUUUUGUUACUUACCUUAUAUUUUUAUCUCUUUUUACAUUGGCUGUUAUGUGGCCAUCAUGUGGAAAUUUAUUCCUUGAUUGUUUUGUUUGGUUUUGGGCAGCAUCGAUUGCUUUUGAAAAUACACGUGUUGUUUAUGAAAAAUAUUGCUCUCAAAGUAGUUUACCUUUGCAACGAGCCAUAUUAGAAGUUAUUGUACAAACUAUAUUUCUAGCACUUUAUCUUAGUGUUAGAAUUAUUGGUUUAUGGAAUUUUGGAACUUGUCAAAUUUUACCAGCAAAAGCAAUCUUAGGUUUCGGAUUAAUUUAUUAUUUUUACCGAAUAUUAUUUAUUUUUUUACCAAUAAGUCCAAAACUUGGUCCGAUGAUGAUUCGACUUCGAUGUAUGAUAAUGGAUGAUUUUGUUACAUUCUUACAAUUAUUUGUGAUAUUUAUGAUAUCAUCUGGUGUUGCAAUAACUGCUGUACUUUAUCCACAUCAUCCACUUAAUGUAGAUUUAUUUACAAGAGCUUUUGUAUUUCGUGGUUUAAUGGCAUUAUUCAGUAGUGAAAUGGCUGAUUUUAAAAAGCAAGAGUAUCCAUGUUCAAUAAAUGCGACAAGUCAAACAGACAGAGACUAUGCUUGUCUACGAUUAUCUCAUGGUCUUUCAUUUAAUUAUGAUAAUGCUUAUGCAUAUAAGCGAUAUGGAAUACCAUCACCAAAAUGCAAUCAAACAUCAUGGAUAGCUUGGUUUUUACUUAUACAAUAUUUCUUUUUAGCUAAACGUUUUCUUACGUCACUUUUAACAGCUAUGUUUGGUUUAACCGGAGCAAGAGUACAAAGUCAAUCUCAACAAAUAUGGAUGUAUAAUCGAUAUGAAAUUGUCAUGGAAUAUGCUAAACGACCACGUUUACCACCACCUUUUGUUGUUAUUUCUUAUAUUGUUAUGUUAAUACAAGGUUGCGGUCGUCAAUGUAUUCUAAAAUUAAAAAAAUAUUCUGAUAAAAAAGAUGCUCGUGCAAUUCGAAGUCGUACACAGUCAUCAACAAGUGCAGUGGCUCGUCACGAUGAUUUGACGGAUGAUUACAAAGAUCGAUCAGUUGAAGUUGUUCAAGAUCGGUCAGCAUUAAGCCGUUUACUUAGCUGUGUACCAUGUCAAAAAGUUGCAGAAAAUAAACAAAUUAAAGAUAGUAUAAAUGCUCAUAGUUGGGAAGAUAGUGAAGCUAAUUUAUAUUGGAAAUAUAAAGCUAAAGAAUUUUAUGCUAAAACACAAGAAGCUGAUAAAGUACAAGAAAAACUUGAUAAUUUAUCAAAUGGUGUAACAAAUAUACAAAAAGAUAUCGAUGGACAACGAAAAUCAUUACGAUUAAUCAAUGAUCGUGUUGUUACAUUAGAAAAAUUAAUGGUUGAUUCACAUAUAUUACUCGAAAAAAUUCGUUCGGCAAUUCAACAAGGAGAUAAAUCAUUACCUGAAUGUGAAAAAUUUGUUCAUAUUUUAUCAAGAGAAUCACCAUAUAUUUAUACAAAUCAAGCACGAUUUCCAGUUACAGAAAGACAUAUUCCUUGGAAGGUACAAUUUGAUUUAUAUGAUCCAACAAUAAUUUCAUUACCAAAAGAACAUGAAUGUUUUAAAGAUGGUGAACGACCAUUUAUUGAACCAGAUUUAUUAGAAUCAAGUUCUGAUGAAAAUGUUGAAGAUGAUGAAUUACAGAUGGCUGCUGAGCCAUCUCCUGUGUUACCAGCUCCUCUUAUUCAACCGGAUUUAUUUGGAGCUAUUGAAGCACCAGUGACAACAGUACCAAUUGAUAUUAAUAUUCCAUUUAAAGAUUUUAAAUGGAAUCAAGUUGUUGAAUUAGAACUACCAGAUGGAAAAAAGAUCGUUCUUGAUCGAACAACUUGGAUAUCAAUUUCUGAAGAUGAUGACACACCUUCAGUCUAUCGAGUAGAUACUCAAUUACAAAUACCUAUGAAUCCAAUGGGUCGUACAGGUGUACGUGGUCGUGGUGCAUUAAUUCGAUGGGGACCAAAUAAAUCUAUUAUAGCCGUAAUAACACGAUGGAAAACACAUCGUGGUCAAUUUGCUAUUGUUGAUGGACAAAGAAUUUUAGAAGCUUUAGUAUUUAAAAAUAAAUUGACGAAUGAUUGGAAAUUACCUGGAGGAAAAAUUUUAGGUGUUGAAUCUCAAUAUGGUGCUGUAUGUCGUAGUUUCAAUAAACUUGCUUUUAAUGAUCUUGAUUCUGAAAUUAGUUUAUCAUUACAAGAAAAGGAUAUGAUUGAACAUUUUGAAUCAUUUGCUCGUGCAGCGGUCGGUGCUGGUGAACCAACCGGAUUUGAAUCUCAUAUGAUUUAUCGAGGAUAUGUUGAUGAUCUACGCAAUACAGAUAAUGCUUGGGCAGAAGCAGAAAUAUGGAAUUUUCAUUAUGGUUCAGAGAUGUCAUUUCCUAAUUUGCGUACAGACGGUGUGGCAGUAUGGAAAGAUGUGACGAAUAACUCUCGAGGUUUUCUUAUUCAAACAUCAGUUUUACGUGAAAUAGCUCGAAUUCAUGAUGCGUAUUUUGAAUCAUCAACAAUGAUUCAAAAGUCGAAUUAUUUUCGAAAUUUCAUCCUCAUCAUAUCUUUUAUUUUACUUAAUUUUUGUCAAGAUUCGAACGGAUUAAUUAAAUUUGAAAAUCAUCACAAUACAGAUGAAAUGUUAACUGUACUCGAUCGUAUACAUAAGAAAUGUCCUGAUAUAACCCAUAUAUAUGAUUUACCAUUAAAAUCUAUUGAAAAUCGUCCAUUACGUGUUAUUGUUUUUUCUGAUCAUCCAAAAUAUCAUGAAUUACUCGAACCAGAAUUUAAAUAUAUUGGAAAUAUGCAUGGAAAUGAAGUUGUUGGUCGAGAAUUAUUAUUAAGAUUAGCUGAAUAUCUUUGUCAAGAAUAUAGAAAUGAUAAUGAAGAAAUAAUAAAUUUAAUUGAACAUACACGUAUACAUAUUAUGCCAUCAAUGAAUCCUGAUGGUUGGGAAGCUGCUGUUCAAUAUGCAUGGAAUGAAACAAAACCUGGACAAUUCAAAGAUGUUUCAACAAUGUUAAAAGAAUCUGGUACAACACAUUGGAUUGCUGGUCGAUCAAAUGCAAAUAACAUUGAUUUAAAUCGAAAUUUUCCUAAUUUAGAUGAAUUUAUUCAUAAAUAUAAUCAUUAUAGUAAUCAUAUUAAUAAUCAUCUUGAUAUUGAAACGUUUCUUGAAUUAAUAUCAGACCAUGAUUGUCACAAUAAUACGUAUCAAAUUGAAACAGUAACAGUUGCUUUUUGGAUUCUGAAAAAUCCAUUUGUGUUAUCAGCUAAUUUACAUAAUGGUGCUCUUGUUAGUAAUUAUCCAUAUGAUGAUUCAGAAAAUCAUCGUCGAAUGUAUUCAUUAUCACCUGAUGAUCAAUUAUUUCGACAAUUAGCAAAAUCAUAUUCAUUUACUCAUAAAACAAUGCGAUCACCAGAAAAACCUUGUGAUGAAGAUAUUUUUCCUGAAGGCAUUACAAAUGGUGCAGCAUGGUAUGCAGUAUGUGGUGGAAUGCAAGAUUUUAAUUAUUUAGUAAGUAAUUGUUUUGAAUUAACAUUUGAACUUGGUUGUAAAAAAUUUCCGCCUGGCAAAGAAUUAUCUUCAUAUUGGAAUGAGAAUAAAAAAGCUUUAAUACAUUUUAUGCGACAGACUCAUAUAGGUAUUAAAGGAAUUAUCCAAAAUGAAAAAGGUAAUGUGAUUUCUAAGGCAACUAUUAAAGUUCAUCAAUUGGUUAAUUAUAAUUGGGAAUAUAUCGAUCAUGAUGUUACAUCAAAUACAGAAGGUGAUUAUUAUCGUUUACUUAUUGAUGGUAUAUAUGCAGUUCAAGUUAUAAGUUCAGGUUAUAAAACACAAACUCAAUAUAUUCAAGUUCAUAACAAACCAUAUCAAUAUAGUGCAAAACGUCUUGAUUUUAUUCUUCACAGAGCAUCAAUUAAACAAAUUAAACUUCAACAACUAAUUAGAAAAUUUUUCGAUAUGUAUUAA